AUGGCCUACACUGGCAAGGUGACUGUUGGAAAUCCACCACAGGAGUUCGAGGUGAUCUUCGACACAGGCAGCGGGAAUCUCAUCGUCCCGGGUGUCAACUGCACCGUCUCUGCCUGCAUGCAGCACAGGAGGUUUGAUGAUGCGCGGAGCAAGACAAGCCAUGCACACCACUGCGACGGCGGCGAGGUCGGGUCGAACGAGGUUCCCAAUGACCUUGUGGUCACCUUCGGCACGGGAGAGGUCCGUGGACACUGCUUCAGGGACCGCGUCUGCCUCGGGGAAAAGAUGUGCGCACCGGCCAAGUUCAUCUCAUCCUUCGAGGAGAGCAACGACCCCUUCGAGUGGGUCAGUUUCGAUGGAAUCCUCGGCUUGGGAUUGGACUCCUUGGCGCAGGCGACCGACUUCAGCAUCAUGCAGCGUCUCGAGCAUGGGCAGAGCAUCAAGUCGCCGCUCUUCGCAUUCUUCUUCGCCCGGGCAAAGGAAGAAAAGUCUGAAAUCACGUUCGGCGACAUCCAGAAGGACAAGCUGGGCUCCAAGAUGUAUUGGUUCAAAGUCAGUGGCAAAGCUGGCUACUGGCAGGUCGAGAUCCAGGACAUCUUCCUCGAUGAUACGGCCCAGAACAUCUGCAAAGGCUGCCACGUGGCCAUCGACACGGGCUCCUCUGAAAUCGCCGGGCCGCAGCACGUCAUCGACCACCUCUCAGACAAGCUGAGCAUCAAGAACUGCAAAGAGAGGGCGAAGCUUCCGAAGCUCGGAUUUGCAAUCAAGGAACACGGCAGUGGCGGCAAGACGAAGUUGCUCUCGCUGUCGCCGGAGCAUUACACCCACGAUCAGCCGUGCAACCUGGCUCUGAUGCCCCUGGACAUUCCUCCGCCCAACGGCCCGCUCUUCGUGCUGGGUGUUCCUUUCUUGGAGAAGUACUACACCGUGUUCGACCGAAAGCACAAGCGCCUGGGCUUUGCCGUAGCCAAGCAUGCGCAUGAGAAGCCGGAGACUUUCCUUGAGGCCAGAAGUGGAACUGGGGCCUUGAGUGACGGGUACUGUAGUGGUGAUGGCUGA